AUGAGGCAGCUUAGCCUGGAGCAGCUACAGCAUCGGUUCUAUAGAUUGCGUCGCCUACUGAGCCGGAUCCGGCUGCCGCCUAUUGACUCGUUUGAGGCUUAUGGAAAGACAUACUCCCUGCCAAUGCGCGUUGAACAUACCAAGGCCGGCAGGCAUGUCCCACCGCGCUCCUUGGAAUACUUGGCGGGCUUUUUUGAUGGCGACGGUUGCGCAAGGAAUACCUGGUCGAGAAGCAGCGUUCGACUGGAAAUUCAUCAGAGCAGUAUCAAUGCAAAAGUCUUACUCUUCUUCAAGAACCUUCUCGGCGGCGGAAUCUACGUAGGUCGCUCAAGAGGUACAGGAUUGUUCAGGCCGACGGUCCGCUGGGAGUUGUCUGGAGCUGGCGCUGCGCAUGCUGCCGCUCUCCUAAGCACAGUCUCUUCUUGCAAGCAACCCCAGCUGAAGGUCAUAAGUUCGUGGCCACAAUGCAUGUCUGCACGUCGGCAAUCUGCUACGAAUCUCCAGCUGCUGAAGAAGCUUCCACCUGCAACGGCGAAUUGCCCGUCAUGGGCAUUUCUCGCAGGUUUUUUCGAUGCUGAAGGGUGCAUUAGCGUGCGACCAUCAGCUUCGAUUGUGGUGACUCUCGGGCAAAAGCAUGAUCCAGUUCUGCAUUGCAUCAAGCGCUUUUUGGCAGAUCGCGGUCUGGACUCUUCCCUGUACAAGGCCCGAUCCGUGUCGAUGAUGGUCAUUACAAGGACAGAGGCAUCCCGAGAGAUUCUGCGGCAGCUGUUGUCUGCAGGCUUGCGUGUGAAACGAGAGUCUGCCCGAAUCGCACUGCGUCUGUCUUCCACAAACUUCUACGAGGUUAGAGAGCAACUUCAAGGAUUAGUUGGCAAUCAGGCCCGCUACCAGCGGCUCACACGGUCAGGAACUGAACGUGCAUCACAGAUCAAGCGCUGCAGACAACGGCUUGAAUAUGCCCAGGCCAGCGACAAACCUGAGAUAGCAGCAUGGCUAGCUUAUCUGCAGCAUGCCCACGAGAUGGCAUCUGCUCGUGAAAGAUAUGUUCAAGUCCGAGCUGAUGCAAGAGCUCUGCUGCAGCACGCUGAAGAUUGA